GGCCACUAGGGACCCUGAACUAUUACAUUAAGUGUCAAUAGCUCCAGCCCACCUUGUUGGGUUUGCCGGGUCUUGUUUGGCUUGUGUUGGUUAUGACAUGUUGUUACCUGUGAGCUUGGUAUGAAACUAUGGUUGAAGGUAUACCUGCAUGAUUCAUUGGGGUGGAAAUCGACACUUUGAAGAUGUCUUUGGAGAGUGAUUACGUGCUAACAGUGUUGAAAUGAUCCUGCGAAAAUUGUUUACAUUGUGAUUCAUUUUUGACUUCAGCGAGGUGACUUGCUACAUACUGAAUAAGAAUACAACAGCUGAACGACAUGUCAUGCCUGAAUAGGAUCGACGUGUUGUGUAUCCAUGGAUGAAAAAAAGGACGUAUUGUACUUCUGAGAAAUGGGAUUAACAGCUAUGUAUGUUGAAAGAGCGUUUGUGGUGUGUGUACAUUUCUUAUUGGCAGCACACGGUGACACCAGAACUGGGAACAGGUGUAUAGAGGGGUUGCCAGGUAGCUUUACAGUACAGCUAAACUGUUCUGCCGGUGAAUGGAUACAUGUCAAGAACGAGGCGUAUGGAGAUGGAGACACCACAACAUGUCGCCUGAAAUAUGAUCUGUCGUGUAGUAGGGUUCACAACAGCAGCCAGAAUGGCCUGAUCGUCAACUGUAAUGGAAAACAAUUAUGCCGUGAAACCAUACAGCCAACACCCCGAACAAACUGUAACUUUACAGAUGCUGCUGCGGAAGUACAGUACAACUGCAUUCAAGGCAGUAUGGAUUUGUGUAGUACAGAAACAACAGUACACGGGUCGGUGUACCUCCAUUCCCCGGGCUUCCCUGACAGUGUCGGUGUGAACAGCAGCUGUAUUGUUAGGAUCACAGGGCAGAACAUACGAGUAACAUUGGUAGAAGAGCGGAUGAAGACAGGGUUACUUAAUAUCUCAGGUGACGGGAAACAACUCUGGACAAGCGUGAACGUGAACCAAUACAACAGGCUAUUACAGGCAACAGCUGACGAAGUAGUAGUAGUAGUCUAUGAUAACCAUGGUCAGAAUGGAUCAAAUGUAUGGAUACGUGUUGAGGCUUCAGGUCAAAUGAAUAUAACUUCCACGAGACAAAUAUCGGAUGUAUCAGCCACAUCAGUAACCCCGUCAACACAGCAGCCAUCACGUUCACCAGGAACAACCAGUCAAAGUACUUCGGCCACACCGACAACUGCAACAACAACAAGUACACCUUCUAUUACUAUGAACCAAUCGACAACAGAGGCUGUGACUGCGAAUCUAACAACAAAAGAAACCACCACAUCCCCUACUACGCCUGAUACAGACCAAUCGACAACCACGGAGGCUGUGACUUCGGAAUCAAGAACAAAAGAAACCACCACAUCCCCUACUACGCCUGAUACAGACAUCAACACAUCUGUAGCAGCAAUGGUUGGUGUUCUGGCGUUAUGCUGCGUAUCGCUCAUCGUGUAUUGCAAGGUAAUCAGGCCCUACAGAACGAACUUGAGAUCUAAUUCGCAGACAUCAGCAUCAGAAAACAUCCCCCGAAAGGUAUUACAAACGCCCAGUCAAUAUAGAAUACAAAAUAACAAUGUUACAGAGGAUAACAGUUACUCGAAUCUGGUUAUGUAUGAUAGAAGUAAUAACUACGAGAGGCUACAUCAACGCAACGACAGUGGUGAGGAUCAUGGCUAUGGUGACACCAUUACAGAAGGACCGUUAUAUAUCAACACUGUUGGCGGGGAAGAUCACAAAGGUGAUGCUGGUACUGAAGGAGGACCGUCGUACAUCAACAGUGGUGGCGUGGAAGAAAGCUACAGUGAAACUGGUAUAGGGGGAUCCUUAUAUGCCAACAGUAAUGGUGGGGAAGACAGCUACAGUGACAUUGGUAGAGGAGGACCCUCAUAUGCCAACAGUUGUGGUGGGGAAGACAGCUACAGUGAUACUGGUAUAGGGGAACCCUCAUAUGCCAACAGUGGUGGCACGGAAGACAGCUACAGUGACACUGGUAUAGGAGAAUCCUCAUAUGCAAACAGUGGUGGUGUGGAAGACAGCUAAAGUGACACUGGUAGAGGAGGACCCUCAUAUGCCAAUAGUGGUGGCGUGGAAGACAGCUACAAUGUACUCUGGUAGAGGAGGACCCUCAUAUGCCAACAGUGGUGGUGGGGAAGACAGCUGAAGAGACACUGGUAAAGGAGGACCCUCAUAUGCCAACAGUGAUGGCGGGGAAGACAGCUACACUGACACUGGUAGAGGAGGGCCGUCAUAUGCCAAAAGUGGUGGUGGGGAAGACAGCUACACUGACACUGGUAGAGGAGGACCCUCAUAUGCCAACAGUGAUGGCGGGGAAGACAGCUACACUGACACUGGUAGAGGAGGGCCGUCAUAUGCCAAAAGUGGUGGUGGGGAACAUAGUUAGAGGAUUACCGUGAUCAUACAGCAACAGUGAUGGUGGGGAAGAUGGCUACAGUCACACUGGUUGUAUGACAAACUUGGUGGUAGAGUAGAUAGUUGUUGUGACACUGGUAGAGGAGGACCAUCAUACUUCUUUAUUGGUUGUGGGGGAGAUGGCGACGGUGACACUAACUUUUAUUGCUGAUCCCGGGUAUGCAAAUGAAGCUGAAAUUGUUCAAUAUAGAAAGAAAAUAUUAGUUCAUAGAUGCUUAAACGUACACUACAACGCAAAAGUCUUUUACUUUAUUUCGCAAAUAUUCGCGGGGACUACACAGAAUGUUGGUAAAACUAUUGCGUAGCUACUCGGGGACUACGCAGAAUGUUGGUAAAAUGUCUGCGUAGCUACGCAAACACUCCGCGGAGCAAUCUGUGAAACUAACUGCCCCUAAUUGCACCAUUUAGCUUUAUGACCCCGGGGGUCGGCACAAGCGUGGUGUUGGAAAACAAGUUAUACAUUUACAUCCAAUAUGGUGACUGUUUUUACACUAUUCAUAUUCUAAUUUCAAUGAUAAUACCACACAAUCACAGUACUCCUUGAAACUUUACAAUGACUACACAUGUUAAAUACAAUAGAUUGAACGAGACAUGUAUUUGGUAAAAUACAUGUAGGUUUGUUAAAUAUGAUAAUAAAACGAAUUUCUUUUAAAUUCCUUUCAUUCAAAAUGUCUUCGGGAAUUAUACAAUGUUUGGAAUAUAGAGCUGACUUGAUGGGAGAUGUGACGUCAGCCAGCUGAGACUGUGCAUGUGGACACAAAGUUGCACCGAUUACGUAAUACAUCUAGACUCUUUGUUCAAGGAGAAAUAUACAAAAAAUGAUAUGUAACAAUCCUCUGUGUUCUUAUUGCAUGUUUCGAUGUUAUCAGUUCUGCGUUCUGAGAAACAGUGAUUGAAGUAUCUACUACAAUUAACAACACAUGUAUAUUAUAAAGUAUAAACAUAAAUCUAUAUAAAUAUAUAAAAUAUAUAACUAGACGAUCAACUAUUCACACCCGAUAUAAAAACAAAAGACAGGUUUUACUAACAGUGCUAUAACAUGACAAUUGAAUUCAAAUUAGCAGAUAAAUUAGAGAAAGUGACUACAUCUACGUAAUCCCUUUUAAUCAAAUCAAACUGAAAGUCAUAUCUAUCGGAGACACCCCGGAUUUACUAAGUUUUAUUCAUUUUAAUUGACUAUAUUUCUACAAUUCAAAAUACUUUAGUGUUACAUCUUUUAGAGGAAUGGGCAUACACACAUGAAUUAUAUUGAUUCCGUGUGUGAAUGCACGUAAUACUUGGCAUCUCAGUUCUCAGCUUCAAUAUGCUUCACACGGGUGCUAUAUCUGAAUUUGUAAUGUGAAGCAUACGUGUAGCCUUCAGUCAAACAUGUUUGUGUUGUCUAUGCUUUAUCCUAUCCUUGGGAACCGCUUGUGCACAGGCAAGUUGUUUAGUACAAUAUGUUUCUCUUUAUUAAAACCUAUUUCAAUUUGUUUCCACCAUUUUCUCUAUACCCUUUUAUGCAUGUUUAUUUUAUGUUUCUUAAUCUUACCGUUCAUGUCAGUGUUCCCAUAUCUCGUGUAUCUCGUGUAUCAGUGUUUUACACUUUAAUGUUUCUCCUUCCUAACAAAACGCCAUAACUUUUCAGAUCAUGACCAUCCUCUAAUACACAACAGAUGAUGCCAAGACAUAUUUGAUUUGCUUGUAUUGUCUACAUGGUCCUAAAAUUUAUUUGAUUAGACUUUAAAUCUUUUGUAAGGUGCAUAUUUUCAUAAACAGGACCCUUAGCUGAUAUAAGGAAUGUAACAUCCAGUUGGUUUUCCAUUUAUCUUACUUACUCUUUUUUUUUAUCAAAUAAGAGGACUGUAUACGACAUAUGUCAGUCUGAUAACAACGUUAAUACAAUUACUAUGGUAUUAUGGUAUUUUCCUCAUUGUUAUCUGAACUGAAUAAAGUACUUCUAUUUU